CCUACACAGUCACACAGCAGCCUCUCUUCAUCUGGCUGCCGCUGUAUAAAUACUCAUGAAGCUGCCGGGUCACUCACUAGCAUAUCAUCACACACAGGCUACACUCAGGAGGACAGGAGACACACUACAGAGGGACCUUACAUUAUAGCUUUUCUAUUCUGCCUGGCACUUUCUGUCUGCUAAUAUCUCUGAGGAUUACACGGGGUGACAUUCCAGGGGAUCUUCUAUAAACACUAAUGCCUGGAUUAUAUCAGAUAAUGCAUUGCCUACAGGCUCUGACCCUCUGCGCUGUUCUGUUCUGGCAGAGAAUCCCAGCACAAGAAGUCAACUUUCAAACAGCAAAAGAUAUAACAUGGUCAUCUAUCAACUUCAAAACCAUUGUAGAAUGGAGUCCUAAGCCUACAAACUAUACAUAUACUGUGGAAAUAAGAGACCAAUUUUCCGACUGGAAAAAGAAGUGUAUCUACACAAAGAAGACGGAGUGUGAUGUCACAGAUGUCGUUCAGAAUGUGAAUUAUAAAUAUGAUGUCCGAAUCAUUUCAGAAAUAUACACACAAGACAUUAUAGCAGAGGAAUUUCCCUAUGCUGACGGCCCUUCUUUCUCACCUUAUGAAGAAACAAUUAUUGGAAAACCAACCAUUGAAAGUUUUGACUUCAACAAAGAACACACCAAACUGACAGUCAUUGUUAAAAAUCCCCUGACGCCUUACAGAUUUCCAAAUAACACUUUUAAGUCUACUCUGGAUAUAUUUAAAGGUGACUUUAUUAAUACUGUUUACUACCGAAAGGCCGGCAGCACAGGAAAGAAGGAAGCAGUUUCAUCGACCAAUGAGAUUGUGAUAAACACAGAGAAAGGAGAGAGCUAUUGUUUUUUUGUACGGGGAACUGUUGAAUCUCGCAAAGUGAACCGUUACAGCCAAGACUCUAAUGAGAAGUGCACCUCAUCUGGAAGUAAUGAAUUUGAUCUUACUGUUGUGGUUGCUGUAGUUGUAGCAUUGGCUCUCAUCAUAAUUAUAUUAAUACUGUCGGUGAUCCUGUGCAAAUGCAGAAAAGCCAAGGAGGAAAAGACAAAGGAGACGGUGCCAUUGAAUGACGUUACAGCCCUGCCCUGAGCCGUCUGCCUUCACUUGCUACUGUAACCUGUGGCUGCACAGGGCACACUACCUACUACUCGUGAGAGUAGUGUAGGAUAUAACUGGUUUUUGUGAAACUUAUUGGUUUGAUCAUUUUACAUGCUACAGUACUUGUUCUAAGUACAAAUUGUUUUAGUUUUGUAAAUGGAAGUAUGCUUUCCGUUUUAGAUAUGUAUUUAACACUAAAUCUAUUUUUUAAGAAUAAUAUUAAUAAUAUGCUUGAAGCCAGGUGAAGAUUGAGAAUUUGCCUGGAAAAUUAUCAGUGGCAGAAGGCUGCACUGAUGCGGAUUUAUUAAUAAUAGCAAUAAAAUGAUAUGUUCAAAGCACUACCAAAUAACACUACCGAGGUACAAAGUAGAUGAAUAGAUAUGCAAUAGCGGCUAUGGUACAAACUAGUGUCCCAUAGUACAUAGAUUGUUCUAUAAAACCAAAUAAUAAUGUGUUUGUGAACCAGUCACAUUCUGCUAAGCACACAGACUGUAUCUGCUCUAUUAUAUAUAUUGUAUGAGUUAAGCAGAUGUGGUUUAUAAACUGCAUUUUGUUCUGCUGACAGACAAUGUAUUUUUCUGUUUUGUGUGGUUCAUUGGUAGGCAACCUGUAGAUCUUAAUAAGUUGAGGAACUAUGAGUUACAGCACGGCUGGCUGAAAUUUGUAGUUCACAACAUCUUUAGGUUGUCUAAGGUUUACUUAGUCCAAUAGGAAGACUGUAGAGUCAUUAGAAUAUGAUAUCAGAGAGUUCUAUUAGAUUCCUCUAAAUUAUUCCUGACAGCCAAUAGGAAAGCUGUAAUGUCACUAGAAUAUAAAAUUAGAAUGUUCUAUUGGAUUCCUAUAAAUCAUUCCUGAUAUCCAAUAGAAAAGCUGUAAUGUCACUAGAAUGUUCUAUUGGAUUCCUCUCAAUCAUUCCUGACAUCCUAUAGGAAAGCUGUAAUGUCAUUAGAAUAUGAUAUUAGAACAUUCUAUUGGAUGCCACUACAUCAUUACUGACAUCCAAAAGAAAAGCUGUAAUGUCACUAGAAUAUAAUAUUAGAGAGUCCUAUUAGAUGCCUCUAAAUCAUUCCUGACAUCCAGUAGGAAAGCCACAGUGUCUAGAAUAUAUUGGAUGUUCAAAUCAUUCCUAAUUAUAUGAACUCAAGAAGCCAUUAAAUUACAUUACACUAAAAGGCUUACAAUGUCACUAUGAUAUCCCACAUCCUAUAGAUGCAGCUGAACUAUUAAUGAUAUAAUUAGAGAGGUACAUUGCGAAUAGAAUAGUUAAUUAAAUGUUUAUUUUAAUAUUAUAAACACUUUAAUUAAGACUAUACAAAUGUUUUCAAAUUGCAACCAGAAACCAUAACAAGUAUGAACUGCUAUGACCUAAUGAAAAACAUUCAAUAUUUUUGCAAGUAAUUGGUGACUGAGACAGAGGAAGCCAAUAAUAGGAUCUGUCCAUCCAGCUCCAUUAUGGUGCCUUAGCACAAGAUGGCGUCCCAGGUGAUAUGUGGAGUGUGUGAUGAGGUUGGUGCACAACACACCUUUUAAUCAUGUGCGCCCUGCUUAUUACAUCUGCUCAUUCCUUUGUUUGCCAAAUAACCUCCUGUAUCAGGUGUAUAAAAUGUGAGGUUCCUAUUAGAUAACUGUGAACCAUAUAAGAUUUCUUGAAUGUCAUGUCAGACUUUCUUCAUCGUUAACCCUGAGAAUAACAAUUCCUAUAUAAUUAGUUUGUAGUUAUUAAUACUUAAACUACAAACUAAUUAUAUAGGAGGAAGGGGGGAAUAAAUUAUUGGCCAUAUGCAGCUGUGCACCCCAAUAUGACAGAUGUUUUUGUGCUUCUCUGGUGUGCGACAAAUGAUCUGCCAUUUUGUUGGUCCUGAGGUGACAGAGAAACGGUUGGAACACUGGCACCUCACGCCCACUGCUGAUAACUGAAUACCCCAGAAUGAAUGAUAGAAAUUGCUUAAACAACAAUCUUCAUUUAUAGACAAUAGAAGUUCUCUGUGAGCAACACACACUGCUGUGUAUUUUCACUGCUGCUGUAACCCAUCACUACAUCCUCUGACCAUCACUGCCUUACAUUUAUAUAAAGCACAAUCGGGUUCUGCUGAGAGACAAAGCACUUAUUUAAAGAAUACUGUAUUUUUCUACUGGAACUUAUGUAUGGACAUUUUUGAGGAUUUCUUUUAUAAGAUGAUAAUCGUGGGUAUUAUUUAUAUAAUAUAUGAUUUUUUUAUGUUGUGUAUGGUUUAAUAUAGAGUAAUAUUUUUAUUUGCAUUUGUAAAUAAUUAGUAAUUUAUUUUCAUAGGAAUUAUUACUGAAAUAAAGGUGAAUGGGAAAUUGUA